AUGGUAUCUCUUUCACCUCCAUGCACUCUCUUCACCACCUCCGCCUCCCCAAAAUCCUCUUUAUACCCUGUCUCUGCUAAGCCAUCUCAUUUUUUCACCCAUGCAAAGACCACCACUCGCUUUCGUGUCUCAUGCAACGCUGGAAAUGGUGAACAAAACUUGAAAGAUGAUUCCAAAAAUGUCGAUUCCCAGGAAAAGGUUGAUAGGAGAAACAUGCUCUACGGAAUGGGAAGCUUGCAUGGUGCUGCCAAUCUUGCCUAUGCUGGCACUGGCCGAGCCAAUCCAACCGCCCCAGUGAUAAGUGCAGUAAUGCUACCUACGAAAAGAAUGACGGGAAACAAGUAG